AUGAAAAUCUUGAGAAUGAUCGAUGCACUGCAACGUUUAGGCCUCGACCACCACUUCGAGGGAGAGAUCGAGGCAGUACUCAACCGCCAGUACGAUAGUGCGAUGACAAAGUACUCUUCCACCAUCGUUGUUGACGAUGACAGUACUGCGAGCCAUGAUCUUGUCGAGACUUCAUUGCGUUUUCGAUUACUAAGACAACAAGGUUGUCGUGCUCCUUCAGAUGUGUUCCAAAACUUCAUUAACAAGGACGGCAAGUUGCAGAGCAAAUCAGAACAAGACAUCAUGGGAUUGAUCGAACUUUACGAAGCAUCAUAUUGGGCCACAAAAGAGGAAACCACACUGGUCGAAGCAGGAGAAUUAUGUGCCCACUUGUUGGAUUCAGCACGAAGCAGCAGCACUUUUGCAGACUACACAGUGAGACAUCCUUCCCACAGAAGCUUACCCAAAUGCCACAUUAGGAACUACCUCAGCAAUUUCCAUGGCGGCUCGACGACCAAGCACUACUAUGAAGACACGCUGGCUGAUCUAGCAAGGUUGGAGUUCAAUAUGAACCAGUCUGUUUGCCUGCAAGAAGUCGUCCAUGUGUCUAAAUGGUGGAAGGAGCUAGGGUUGGCGGAGGAGUUGGAAUUCGCGAGGAAUGAACCGAUGAAGUGGUGCAUGUGGCCGUUGACGACGUUGAUAGAUUCGAAAUUCUCCGAAGAGAGAGUCGAGCUCGCCAAACCGAUCUCGUUCGUGUACCUCGUUGACGACAUCUUCGAUGUGUACGGGUCGCUGGAUGAACUGACUCUCUUUACAGAAAUCGUUGACAGAUGGGACGUUGCAUCGGCAGACCAAUUGCCGGAUUAUAUGAGGAAAUGCUUUAUGGCUCUCCAUCAUGUCACCAAUGAGAUUGGGUACAAAGUGUACAAAAGACAUGGAUGCAACCAAAUACACUCCCUGCGACAAGCCUGGGCGAAACUUUUCAAGGCAUUUCUAGUGGAAGCCAAGUGGUUCAAAGGAGGAAAAUCCCCAAGUGCGGAAGCGUACUUGAAGAAUGGAAUAGUUAGCUCCGGGGUGCAAGUUGUUCUGGUUCACCUCUUCUUCCUUUUGGGGCAGGGCCUAACACAGAGAAACGAGGACCUCGUUAAUGGCGAUGAUCCUCCGGUGAUCUCUUCCGUUGCCAAAAUUCUCCGACUGUGGGAUGACCUCUCUUCGACGGACGAGGAACAAGAUGGUGAAGACGGAUCUUACGUUAAUUUCUACUUGAUGGAGAAUCCUCAAUGUUCAAUCGAUGAAGCUAAGGUUCAUGUAAUGGAUAUGAUUGAAGAGACAUGGAAGCAACUAAACCAUGAAUUUCUAUCUAUAACACCAUUCCCAUUAGUUUUCAACAGGGCAGCCCAUAAUUCUGCAAAAAUGGUGCCUUUGAUGUAUGGAUGCGGGGUUGACGUUGAUCAAACUCGGAGACUUCCAAAGCUCGAGGACCACAUCAAGUCCAUGCUCUUUGAAAGCAUUCCCAUGUGAUAUUUACUUUGUUAUAACUUCACAAUGUAGAUAUUUUUAUUUUACAAAUAACAAGAAAAAGGUAAAUCAAAAUAUUUUCUACUAUCAGAGCCUGGUUUCGAUCCAUGGACCUGUGGGUUAUGGGCCCACCACGCUUCCGCUGCGCCACUCUGAUCCUGAUGGUUUGAUGACCUUUUCCUUUCGUAUAUACAAGGUAGUGAUUUGAGUAUCCAAGUGAGUGGUUUUGGCAUUGAGGAAG